UGAAUGAUUGACGCAGGCCAAUCAUAUCUGAUGAGGAGCCCCAGGUGGGCGGGUCUUUGUGUUCGGCUCUAUCGACAGUAUGGCGGACGAUGGCGACAGGUCGACUGGAGCUGUUGAUACUAGUGGCGGGCAGAGAACUUCAGAUGAGUCAGACGGGUUCAGUCUUGGCGGGAUGUUGUUAAAUUUAAGUAUUUUAGUUUUAGUGGUUACGAUCUGCUAUGUUAUUUAUCGGCGAUGGGGUAAACGGAUUGGUGCUGACGCGGCCCAGGGAAGCGAGGCCUCGUCUCUGCCGAAGAUGAGAAGACGUGAUUUCACUUUGGAGCAACUUGGGGAAUACGAUGGACUGCAAAACCCCCGGAUCAUGAUGGCAGUCAAUAUGAAAGUAUUCGAUGUUACCACCGGCAAAAAGUUUUAUGGUCGAGACGGUCCUUAUGGUAUCUUUGCGGGCCGGGAUGCAUCGAGGGGUCUGGCCACGUUCUGUUUGGAGAAAGAUGCCUUGAGGGAGGACUAUGAUGACCUGUCAGACCUCAACGCUGUUCAGAUGGAGUCAGUCAGAGAGUGGGAGAUGCAGUUCAUGGAAAAAUAUGAUUAUGUUGGUCGGCUAUUAAAGCCCGGGGAUGAGCCUUCAGAAUACACGGAUGAAGAGGACAUCAAGGACCACCUGAAACAUGACUGAACUGUUGCCCUGCUCUGUUCUGUUCACACCACCAACCAAAGCCAGGACCCAAACAGCUGCCAGCACCCGCCUGCCCCUCCCCUGCCCCCCUCUCUCCCCCACCUUCCCUCCCCAGCCAUUCAUCCUCCUCUGAUUGGAUGGUCCAGUGGGCGGGCUCUGAACUGACUCCUCCAUCAUACAGAUCACCACCAACAGAAACCAAUGUUGACAAACUGUUUCAGGGGGAUUUGAAGGACAUUAACUGGGUUUUGUGCUGUUAGAAUAUCUGAAAAAGGAAAAGAAACAAAACAUUGCUAGAAUGCUAGAAUUUUCCUUGUGAUGUCACGGUUCUCUUCAUGUAAACAGAAGCAGAGUGGUUGUCAAGCUGAGAGGUUGUGAUGGUCAGAGAAGACUGGGUGGAAAGGGAGAGCUUUUAGUUUUGUUCUUCUCCCUCCUCUCAACUGCUUUAGCAUUCGAUUUGAACCUUAUCAAUCAAUUAAUCGAUUGCCUGUGGGACUUUUGUUGAAGAAAAAAACAUUUGUUUAACUUUCCCCAAUUGAAAAGGCAGUGCUGUGGCCUAACCAAAGGCAAUGGGAGGGGAGUUAUAUGUGUCCUGUGUUGGUAGUGUGUACACUACUAGGUUCUCUCUGUCAACAUGUCGUUCUGUUUGUGGGGUUCCAUGUGAUUCUAUUUGUGUGUGAUUCUAUUUGUGUGGGGGGGGGGGGGGGGGGGUAGUAACAUAUUUAGAAUCACUCAGAUUGAUUGAUUGGGUAAUACAAAGGGAAGGUCAGCUGACAGACAGUUCUAAUCAAUCAACCAUUUCCAAGCCACACUACUAGAUGUCUGUGCAAUCCCCAGGACAUGAAAUGGUCAAAGUAUUAAUUGUGCCUUAUUUUGUUUUAUACUACUAAAAUCCUGACCAGUCUAAAAUAAAAAUAAAAUAAAAAUAAGUGGGAGAUUUGUAAAA